UCCAUGGACCAGUCGACACCUAGAUCGAAUGGUCCUACUAUCACUCCUUUCAAUCGACCAAUAGUACCAAGAUAGGAUAGUACUAAGAUAGGAAAAUGGCAUCGGUAUUCCACCGACCAUCCCUCAUCUACGGCGCGGCCAUCGCCCUCCGCCUAACUCUCCUCAUCUACGGCGCCUGGCAAGAUGCCCACUCGGCCGUCAAAUACACCGACAUCGACUAUCUAGUUUUCACAGACGCAGCGCGGUACGUCGCUCGCGGCGAGUCGCCCUACGCCCGCGACACGUACCGCUACACGCCGCUGCUAGCAUGGCUGCUUGUCCCAACGGCCUCGCCGGGGCCGUUCUUCUUCGCGUUCGGCAAGGUCUUGUUUGCGCUGUCUGAUGUCCUCGCCGGAUGGCUCAUUGCUAGGAGACUUGUGUCGAGCUACGGCAUGGAGCCUGCCCGCGCGCUUAAAUACGCUUCUGUGUGGUUGCUUAAUCCGAUGGUUGCUAAUAUUAGCACGCGUGGGAGCUCCGAGGGGCUGCUCUGCGUUUUGAUCGUUGCGCUGCUGUGUGCGGCGCUCAGUCGGAGGGUUGUUUUGGCGGGUGUGUUGCUUGGACUGGCUGUUCAUUUGAAGAUUUAUCCAUUUGUUUAUGCUGCUUCUAUUGUGUGGUGGUUGGAUCGUGAGCGUGAGGUUUCUGCCACUGCCACUACUACUUCUCCAUCUGGUGGCAGUGGUAGUAGUGGUAAUGGCGUUGCAGGCAAGCUCAUAGCAUUCAUCACACCCGCGCGCAUCCGCCUCGCCCUCGCAGCCCUCACCACCUUCACCGCACUAAACAUAACCAUGUACCUCCUCUACGGGGAGCCCUUCCUGCAACACACCUACCUGCACCACCUGUCGCGCAUCGACCACCGGCAUAACUUCUCCCCGUACAGCUCGCUGCUGUACUUGGUUGCUGCGGGCGACGUGCAGACCGGGUGGAGGUUCGAGUCGCUGGCGUUUGUGCCCCAGUUGGUGUUGAGUGUGGUUGUCAUUCCGCUUGUGUUGGGGAAGAGGUGUUUGGCUGGGACGAUGCUGGCGCAGACUUUUGCGUUUGUGACGUUUAAUAAGGUUUGUACUAGUCAGUACUUCCUAUGGUACCUGAUCUUCCUACCAUUCUAUCUCCCACGGUCAUCCCUCCUUCGCCAGCCGAGACGAGGCAUAACCGUCGCAGUGCUAUGGGUCGUUUCUCAGGCCCUCUGGCUCCAACAAGGCUACAACCUCGAGUUCCUAGGCCAGUCGAGCUUCGUCCCUGGUUUGUUCCUCGCUAGUCUGGGGUUCUUUGCGGUGAACUGUUGGAUUCUGGGAAUUAUUGUUACUGAUGUGGGGUGUUUGUCUGUGCAGAGUGAGGGGAGGGUUAAGGCUAAGGGGAGGGUGGAGUAG